ACAGUGGAGAAGCAGCCAGUGGAGGAAAACCGUCUGGAGCACCAAAACAGCACCAGAGACAGCAAGGAAAACGCCAAGAAGGAAGUUGCUGAGGGUGCAAUGGCUUUCUUCCUCAAACCACGGCCAUGCACGUGGCACCUUGCCCUGGACUACCACACUGCCAAACAGUUUGAAGUGGACGUAACCCUGGAUCCAGCCACAGUGGGUCCAGAGGUGAUCCUCUCUGAGGACCUCAAAGAAGCCAGCUGGGGCAGGCCCCGGUGCCAGCGGCCGGAGGGCCCGGGGCGCUUCGACACAGACCCGUGCAUGCUGGGCAGCGAGGGCUUCACCUCAGGCCGCCACUACUGGGAGGUGGAGGCCAAUGGGCGCUUCUGGGCCGUGGGGGUGGCCCGCGAGUCAGUGCAGAGGAAAGGCCGGGUCCUCUUCAAGCCCAACGCUGAAAUCUGGGGCUUGCAGAAGUACGAUGAGCUCUGCGUAGCCCUCACGGCUGCAUCCAACACCUCUGUCCCACUCCUCAACGGGGAGAUUGGAGUCUACCUGGACUACGAGGUGGGACAGGUCUCCUUCUACGCCGUCAGCAGCCGCCAGCGCAUCUUCACUUUUCCAGUCGCCUCCUUCAGUGGGGAGAGGGUCUUCCCCUACUUUUGCGUGCUCCUCUCAACCAUUAAACUAUCCCCCAAGGGCUGAUGCCCUCGAAGGAUCCUCCCAAAAGCAGAUUGCAUCAUGGUGGCUGGAAAUGCUUGUUGAUGUUCCUCAGCUCUUAUUUUCCAAGUCUUGGAGUCAUUUUUACUUCCAUCUUAGAUGUCUCUGUUUUGGGUUAUGUCCAGGGGAGUUUGGGUCUGAUCUCAGCACGACUCAUCUCAAGUUGUUAAAUUUAUCCAAAGCUCUUUAACAGGACCUGGGCUUCCCCGAGCUUGUUUUGAGCUAAAAACUUUGCUUUUUCUCCCAAAUUCAACUUCCUCUGAAGGUUCCUUUUGCUGACCUCAGUGCCUAUGAUUGGCUGGCUUCUAGCACAAAUUAAAAAUCUUAAAUUUUGCAGGCUUUGUAUUAAUACCAGCUGCUAUCACAAGGAUGUGCUCACACCCACUGCCCCCACUCUUUUCCUCUGCUGUUCCCCAUGCUUGAGAUAUAUUUCCAAGAACUUAGCGUGUAAAUAUGCUCAGAAUAGAAUAAAAUUAUUUUUCUCUAAGAUGUAGAAGGCAUCUGCAUUUG